AUGGCCCACGUAUCAGAUAUUAAAUUGAUAAGAACAGAUACUACACUUGAUCUUAGCCAAAAGGCCGAGAAAGGUAUGCUUUAUCUCCCCGCCCAACGGCCUAAUUUAUAG